AUUAUUAUAGAUGCAUGCCGUAGAGAGAGAGACAGAGUACAAGAUAAAAUAUUUAGAAAAUUGAAUCUGCUUAUCAACUUCAUUGCAAAUCCGGAAACAAACCAAAUAGUCGUAACAAAUGAAGCAAAUUUAUUACCAGAAUUUCCAUUAGCAACAAGAAAAUCAUUUUUAGAUAUGGAGAAAGAUUUACAAACAGAAAAAAUCCGGAAACAAUUUAAUAGUAAAAUUGCGAGAAUUGGAGGAAAUUCUUUUAGUGGGAAAACAAGAAACAUAUUAAAAUUUGUUUUGGUAGACACAUUGUGUCAAAAAUUAUCAUGGACAGGACGAAAUGAGUCUCUGGGAAUAAAGGAUACAGUAUUUGCCAAUAUUAUUAUAGAAUAUGUGUCUAAUGCAGAGCAAUGUAGUUUGCACGAAGUACAAAAAGUGAUUCAAGAGUGGUUACGGCAUGCUGGAGAUCGAGUUAAAUAUUCCCAAAAAACUUGCAAAUAAACACAAACA